UAUCACUCUGAUAUUCCAUGGAGGUGUCCUCACGACCAGAUGCAGUACAUGACUGAUAAAUGGGAAAACAGGGUAUUCCUUUUCUUAUCCGGACUGAAUGAUGACUUUGAAAAUAUAAGGAGUCAGAUUCUUAACUCUGACGAAUCAUUUAGUAUUGAAGAUGUCUAUUCCCGUGUUGAAGCUGAAGAACAGAGAAGGCUGCUCUCUAGUGGACGAAAGGGGGAAGAACAGUCUGCCUAUGUUAGCCGUGCCCCUGUGGGAACUCCUCGUUCUUCUCGAAAAUGUACUCAUUGCAAAAAACUUGGUCAUACUAGGGAUUUUUGUUGGGACCUGUAUCCAGAGAAGAAGGAUAGUAGGGGGAGGUCUUCGAGUGGGAAGAAGCCUGUAUCGUCUGCAACAAGUCUGAGUGAUGGGAAAGGUUCUAUUUCUGCAGAGCAGAUUCGUGAGCUACGAGCAUAUUUGAGCAAGAUUGAUGUUGGUCAGGCAGAUACACCAGAUGAGGUGAAGAUCAAUCAGGCAUUGGCUGUUUCAGGGGGAGAAGGACUUGGUGACAGGGAAGAGGAUUGGGAUUGGUUUGGUGUCUGAUGGGCUGUAUCGGCUUCCUAUACGCGUUGUCACAGCUCUUAUGUCAGCAGUCAGCAGAACAGAGAAGAAGGAGGAAGAGUGUCGUCAGUUAUUUUUGUUUUGGCAUGAACGCCUUGGUCAUCUCCCAUUUGGGAUUUUGAAACAUUUGUUCCCUGAACUAUGUUCUAGUUUAAACAUUUCCAUGUUAUCAUGUGAUGUGUGUCAGUUUGCGAAGCAUGUUAGAGCUUCUUAUCCAAUUUCAAAUAGUCGUUCUAAUAAAGCUUUCUCCUUGGUUCAUUCUGAUGUGUGGGGGCCUUCGGGCAUUCAUUCUCGUGGUGGUUUUCAAUACUUUAUAACCUUUAUAGAUGAUUAUUCAAGAUGUACCUUUGUGUAUUUGUUGAAAGAUCGUAGUGAGGUGCCUCACAUUAUUGAAACUUUCAUCCUCCUAGUGGAAAACCAAUAUGGAAAUUCUGUCAAGACUUUUCGGUCUGAUAAUGCUCGUGAAUAUCUGUGUCUCACUGUUGAAGAAUUCUUUCGAAAGAGGGGGAUUGUUCAUGAGACAUCCUGUAGUUAUACCCCCCCUCAAAAUGGGGUUGCUGAGAGGAAAAAUCGUCAGUUGCUCA